AUGAGAAUUAAGUGACCUGAUAAAACCCCAUUUUAUUAUACUCCUAAGAAUAAGAUGUUUCUUUUCCAAAGAUUUUUUUUUUCCAGUGAUGUGAGGAGUUUACUGCAGGUCAGAAGGUUGUUGAUUCCUGUGCUUAUGUGAGAUGUUCCUUAAAACGGAAGAGAUUCUCAGUAUCUUUAGAGUAUUGUCAGGACUUUUCAUCAGGUGGAAACCAGAUUUGGGGGGGGGCGCGUUGUUUUGAAGGCUGGCUCACUCUCCCCUCCUUUUGUUUGUAGAUGUCACAAGGGCCAACCAAAGGAGAUAGGAAGAGCAGUUCUAUUAGCGUCGCGGCUCUUUGCGUACAGUUUGGACCAAAUCCAUGGCUUGUUUUUUGCGCAUCACUUUCUUUAAUGCAUUUUGUAGUUCCUUGGAGCCGAUGAUACAGUUGUGCUUGGCUCUCUUGCUGCACGUGGCCUUCUCAGACACAUUGUUGUAGAACUUCCUUAUGAAGGAGAUCAUUUUUCCCUUCGCUUUGGUUGAUAUAGGUAUUCUGUCCCGAUGCAGCCGACGCAAGACUUUAGAAAUAAACUCAUCAUAAGGUCGCUUCAGACCUGACUUUUGAGGCCCACCUAGUUUUCUCACCACCAUUGUUCCCUGCUUGCCUUGUUUUCUACGUUGCUUUCUGCACUUCGGCAGCAGCUUCCCUUGUGUUCUCUUCCUGCCUCUGGUCUGCUUCUUUCUCCUUGAAAAUCGAGUCCUACGCCUUGGUCUGCGAGCAGCAGCCAUUUCCCCUGUGUCUCCAAGUUAUUUCAGUUUUUUCCACCUGAGAAAGCCACUGUGGCUUUGAGUUUGGGUUUCAUUGAGCUCUAGUGCUCUUCAUCCCACUGAUGGUCUGCUCGGGUACUAAGAGAUGCAAGUUCUGAUGUAGGAAGGAUGUCCAAUCAGGUUCCAGCACCUCACAAUGUACCUCCUGAGCUUUCUCUUUGCCAAGGGCCAACAGAAGACUUUGUGACACCUUACUUGCUCAUUGGCCCUGGGCAGGAUCAAGAUGAAACUCAAACAGGACCAUGACAAGUGUUAAUCAAUCUUCACAGAUCAUAAAGGAAUGUUAAUUUUUAGUUUCCAGAGCAAUCCUCUAGGAAUAAAUAACUAAAUUAUUAUGGUACAAUGUUAGACAUUUUUAAAAAGACACUCAAGUGGUAAAAUAUAAAUGUUAAGUUUCUAAGAGGGUUGUACUUUCUAUUUGAAUCGAGAAUGACUUGCAAGCAGAACAUGAGUUUGAUUACUGAAUGAUCGUCUUACCCUAGACUUCUUUCGAAGUUCCUGCUGCAAAUUUCAUUCUACUUCAGAACUGACCUAGAAAUCCAAAUUGCAGGCUAAUACUUGAAAACAGAAUAAAACAUCCUUUAUUUUACUGACAAGCAGCAUUGUUUAAUGCUGGUUUCCCUGAUUCUAAGACUUCCUGAGCAUAUUCAAUGAAAAAAGUGAAAUUACUAUAUUUCUAAGAACAUCCAUGCAGCUCUGGAAAGACUGAGUGGAAAGAUAUUUCUAUGAAAGUACCGUAUUUUUCUGUAUAAGACGCUGUUUUUUCCUGCAAACAUCCUGUUCAAAAAUCAGGUGCAUCUUAUAGAAGUGCAGCGUAUUAUACACGGAAAAAUAAUGGUAACCUCCGCAGCCCAGGGCAUGCCCAUGUGGGUUGCCAUGCCGCCAGGUGCAGAUGUCAAGCCCUUGUGGGCUUGCCAUUAACCAGAGGGGGGAGGGGGCAAGAUCGUCGGCCGGCCAAACUUUCAGAUAUGCCGGUUCAGCUGUUUGGCACUCUGCCGAACAGCUGAUCGGCACAGUGAAACCCGCAUGCCAGAGCAUCUUAUACAAGGAUGCAUCCUAUAGACGGAAAAAUACGAUAUCCCUGUACACUAUACAAAGUUUUUACUUGAGUUAAACUUUGUGUGAGACCCCUCCCAUCUUUGUUGUUUAGAAGAGCCGGGAAGACCUGCCUUUUUACUCCGGCCUCUGGUGUGGGAGAAUAAGACCCCUUAUUUCAUCAUGCUUGCCAUCUUUUGUCUUUACUUUUUUAUUUUAUUCAACUUUAUUUUACUGUACCGUGUUUCCCCGAAAAUAAGACCUGGACUUAUAUAUAUUUUUUUUGCCUCCAAAAGAGGCAGCAAGUCUCAUUUUCGGGGGAUGUCUUACCCAGUUAUCUUAGGACCGCCGCAGCCAGGCCUCCCAUGCCCCAACACCUGCCUCACCUCGCUGGCCCAUUUCUGUGGCCGCUUGCACGCAUUGCCCCCAGGUUCUGUUUUGCUAGCAGAGGCUUUAGGGAAAGGCCUCUGCAGCCAAGAAACAAGCUUUGGAUUGACAUGCGCGUCGCCCCUGGCCUCUGCUUUGCUGGCAGAGGCCUUCAGGAAACAAGCUUCAGAUUGACACGAGCUGCUCACCUCGGCCUCCAUUUCAUCAUCAGAAAGGCCUCUGCCAGUGAAAUGGAGGCCAGGGGUGCCACAUGUGUCAAUCCAGAGCUCGUUUCUCGGCUGCAGAAGCCUUUCCUGAAGGCCUCUGCCAGCAAAACAGAAGCAACGCAUGCAAGCAGCAGCAAGCGGCCUCAAAUGUGAGCCAGUGAAGCAAGGCAGGUGUCAGGGCGUGGAAGUCCUGGCUGCAACUGUCCUGAGGUAAGUGGGUGUAGGGCACAUGGGGCAGGUCCACCCCCAAUCCCCACCCUAGCUUGAUUUUUAUCUGUGCACCUUGCCCCACCCCGUGCAACCAGGUGCAAUGAGUGAGCAGUGUCUUAAGUAGGGCUUAUUUUGUGGGUAGGACCUAUAUUGGGUGCACAUGUAAAAAUCAAAUUGGGGCUUAUUUUCAGGGAAACACAGUAGAGUCAUUGAGUCAUGCAGCAUACUUGUUUAAUAAAUUAUUGUUUGUCACACCCAGUCAGCCAGAUAUUCAGACUGCAUUUGGAAUUUUUGUCCACCUAUUGAGUCCUUCACAAGGACCUGGGAUAGGCAGAUAUGAAUGUUUGAUUAAAUUAAGGGUAUUGUCACAGAAUGUAAGCUGUUUCAAGUAAAGCUGCCUUUUGCAAUUAACUGGCGGUGAAGUUGUCAAUGCUGAUGGUGUUCAAUUGGUGGUCCAGUUGUUUUGGGUGCGUAUUACUAUUGGUACUUCCGUUGCUUUUUUUUUUGCCACCAUCGUUCUAUUUUUAUUUGCAGGUCUUUGUAUUUUGUUAUCUUCAAUAGUUCUUUCUCUUCUAUUCUGCUGUUUCCAAGUAAUGCCCCAUCCACUAUUCAGAUUUUUUUGUCUUUCUUAUCAACAAUUAUUAUUAUGACAAAGGAAUGUUUCCACACUUCCAAAAAUUACAAUGAGCAGCAGAAAUCAUAAUCUUUCUACAUCUUGCUUAUCAUCCAUCUGAAAUUAUGGAUCUUGAAAAGGCAUUGUCCCAUGGCCAGAUAGAGAACAAAGCUAUGGGACACACAUCAGUUAUUUACAAGUAACAUACUUACCUCAAUUUAUACAAGUAAAAAGAAACACGAGGCAAUAAAAUUGUGGAAACUUUUGGAUUAAAAAAUAUCUGGAAAUUUAGCACUGAAUCUGUUUCAGAUGCAAAUAGUUCUUGACUUACUACUAGUUAUUUGACGACCAUUCAAAGUUCCUACCUUAGGGCUAGUUAAAACUUGGAUUUGAAUUUCCAAUGGCCAUCCUCCCUCCGGCCAUGUGACCAAACUUUGGGUACUAGGCAACACGGCUGCAUUUACAGCCGUUUGCAGCAUUCAUGACUACAUAAUUACGUUUUACAACGGUUUGGGCUAAAACUGGCACUUACGUCUGGUUUUCGGCAAAACUAAACCCAUAGCAAAUCAUUGCUUUGCUUAACAACUACUGCAAAAAAAGAUUGUAAAAUUGGGUCAGAUAUGCAGGCUCCAUUAUGAUCAUAAGUCAGAAUUCUUAAAACUAACAGUAUGGAAAGAAAGUAAUAAAAGUGUUCAAACUAUAUAGGAAAAAAUCCCUGUCCAUCAAUCUAAGCAGUAGUUUCCCCACACAGUGAAAAGCAUCUAGUCAAGCUGAAUAUUUGUACAUAUCAGCUCUGUUGUAUGGCUGAGCAUCUCCAGACUUCUAAAACUAGAUAGAAUUGUUUUGUUGCAAAUGACACUGUGCAGAAUGAUUACAAGACAAUACUUAAAGGAUCCACAGAUAGUCCUGAACUUACAACUUUUCAUUUAGUGACAAUUCAAAGUCACAACAGCACUUGUGACUUCUGACUGGUCCUCACACGACCAUCACACGACCAUGGUCACGUGAUAAAAAUCCAGGCACUUGGCAACCGGCUUGUAUUCAUGAUAAUUACAUCGUUCUGGGUCAUGUGAUCACUGUUUGCUUCCCAGCCAGCUUCCAACAAGCAAAGUCAAUAGGUGAAGCUGGAGUCACUUAGUAACUGCAUGAUUCACUUAUCUGCAGUCAUUCACUUAACAACCAUAGCAAAAGAAGUGGUAAAAUCUGUGCCAGCAGUGGCUGGAAUGCAGUAUUUCAGGCUAAUUUUGCCAACUGCCAACAGUUCAAUCCUGACCAGUUCAAGGUUGACUCAGCCUUCCAUCCUUCUGAGGUUGGUAAACUGAGGACCCAGAUUGUUGGAAUAUGCUCAUUCUAUAAACCACUUAGUGAGGGCUAAGCAUUAUGAAGCGGUAUAUAAGUCUAAAUGCUAAAAUCAAGUAUGACUCACUUAACAACUGCCCUGCUUAGCAAUGUAAGUUCUGGUGCCGGUUGUGGUUGUAAGUUGAGGACUAUGAGGCAAUGUUUUCCCCUAAAUUGCUACUUUUCAUACAUGCCACCAUGUAUGAAAGGCUGUGAAUAUAAACAGUGAACUAACUCUUUGAAAUGUGAGGUUCUGAUACAUUCAUUUAAAUAAUGAAAGCAGAGCUUGGUGGACAUAUUGAUAGUUACAAUUGUUAAAAAUAAGACCGUUAUCUUGAUUUCAAAAAUGGAUUCAGUGACUUUAUACUUCAAGGCAUCAAAGUUAGCCUGAUUUAAAAAAAAUACAGAAAUAUUAUUUGAAGGACUAGCCUUUUUCUUCUCUUUUUUGCACCAAGACACUACCAAGAAAGUCCUAAUGAUUGUGGUCUUUUCCACCUGAAAGGAUAUUACAGUUUACACAAAGGAUGUCCUUGUCAGAGCAAAGUUCCGACUUUUAUGUCUUUCCUCCUUUCUAAAUGAUAACUUCGAGUGAGUGGCUGUCACGACUUAGUUGGAGUGUUGAAACAAUCCAAACCUAGUCCAGGAUGCGGAAGUUUUCACUCUGGUCGGGCUCGCGGUUGAAAACUGCCAAUCGGACCCUCCGGAGGAAAUGUACUUGAGCGACUGAACCUCUCCAGUGGAAUAAAUUAACGCUGAAUUAAACGCACCCACAGCUCAAUUUACCGCGGCCCUCCUUUUGCCGCUUCUUCCGAUUCGCCCGCCGAGGCAGGCCACGCACAGCCCUUAACCGAGAGCUGAUCCAGCCCCUUCCUGUGCCGUUGCCGUUUCCAAGCCGGGCAGCAACUGUCUCCGCUUCAGCGGUGUAGCGGCUUUUCAAGUCUAUCCGGGAUUUGCAACCUGAUCCUCAAGGAGCUGCACGGUGGACGGACAUCCUCGAGGUUGCCAUAAGUGAAACCUGGGAUCACUCCUGGGGACGCUCGUUUCAUUCAGCGGCAAAGGAGCCACGCGCCCGCCAGGUAUUUUGAAACUAUCCAGAAGAGAGGAAAGCUCGCCUGGGCAGGCGCUGGAGAGUCUUGAGUCAACGUAGGAUUUCCGCCUGUAAAUGCAUGGAAACGUGUGGAACGAAGUGGAAAGCCAAAACUGCUCGUGCAUCUCCGGUUUUACUAUCUUCAGUGAGAUGAUGGAGCAUGGACGCCAGAGCCGACAACGGGCUUCCGAGAUUAUUCGCAAGCAGAAACGUAAAGAACUGGAUGCCCGACGCAGCAAGUGCCGAAUCCGUAUUGGAAGCCACCUGGAGCAGUGGUGUCAGCUCAAAGAGCAGCUGGGUUUUUCUCUCCAUUCCCAGCUGGCCAAAUACCUGCUUGACAGGUACAGUUCACAUGCCUCAGUAUUGAAAACAGGAUCAGACAGCUUCAGUGCUGAGCCCAUCGCUUUUCCUUCUGAGGCAUUGCAGCAUCUGGUUGUCCUUUCUCACAACCACAGCCAGGAAUGUGCUUUCAUCCCCAAUGUGAAGCCUGCUUUGCUGGAGCAGGAGACAGUCUGCAGCCAGCUGGAAUGGGAGUGUCUAGCUGGCCAUACUUUUGCCUGGAGUCCCCCUGCCUCAAACAUCAGCCUGCCACCCUUUGGCCAAAAAGCCUCUAGUGACAGGCAAGAGCAAGAGGAGGAAGCAAUCACUUCCAAGCUCAGCCCCCCACCCUCCCCGGUCAUCAGAUGCCGGCGCUCCCUUCGCAAGGCAGCAGCAGCCCAUGCCAUUUCGUUAGCACUUGCUUCCAGCUCGCCCUGUCCUGUGGACGAGCCGGAGUCGUCUUCCCAAGAAGAUGAGGAAUGUGGUAUGGACAGAGAGAGGACCACAUGUAGGUCUCCUGCCAAUGGCACAGGUCUGGACAAGGAGACAGAAUUAUUGUGCAAUACAAACUCGGAUGAGACAGCAGCUGUAACAGAUGAGAUUCCAGGUAGCACCGAAGUUCCAAGGCCUGAAAGGAUUUUAACCCUACCAGGGGAGACACCAGAAUCAGUGUCUGGUCCACCAGAGGAGGAAGAAGCAGAAGAUUUCACAGAGGAGGAUAAUAUGAUGUACAUGGAUGACCUGCGAGAUGAAAAUUAUCAGCCUUCCUUGGAUAGCUGCAAGAAGCAGGUACAGCCAGGAGAUGAAGAUAUGUCCCAAAUUGGUCCUAAGAGAAUCAGGAAGGCAGCCAAGCGAGAGAUUCUCCUUUGUGACUAUGAUGGUUGUGGGAAGAUUUUCUCCAAUCGCCAAUACUUGAAUCACCACAAGAAAUACCAGCAUGUUCACCAAAAGACCUUUACCUGCUCUGAUCCCGGCUGCGGCAAAUCCUUCAACUUCAAGAAACAUCUCAAAGAACAUGAGAAACUGCACAGUGAUAAAAGGGACUAUAUAUGUGAAUUCUGCGCCCGCUCCUUCCGAACGAGCAGUAAUUUGAUUAUCCACAGGCGGAUCCACACUGGAGAAAAACCCCUACAGUGUGAGAUCUGUGGUUUUACCUGCCGCCAAAAAGCGUCCUUGAACUGGCACAUGAAGAAGCAUGAUGCCGACUCCUUCUACCAGUUCUCCUGCGACCUUUGUGGCAAGAAGUUUGAGAAGAAGGACAACGUCACUGCGCACAAGAGCAAGAGCCAUCCCGAGGGGGCCACCGGGCCUCUCCCGCCAGCACAGGAGCCGCCCCCUCCGAGCUCUCCACUUGCAGCAGAGCCAAUGGCAAACCCGGUUCAGACUCAGCAGUGUGACAUAGGGAAAGGGGUGGAGCCUCCUGCCCUUGCAAUUACCGUCAUCAUUGAAUAAUGGACCGAGCAGAAGGAGGAAAAGCAACAGUGGAGAGAAUUCCCGACAUCUCCUGCAGGUGGAUUGCAUUACGUCAGCAGAUUACAAAAUCAGCAAAGACACAUGGGCCCCAGCCUCUAAAACAAGAUCCCACCAAUCGCAGUCUUUCACUCGGCUCCUCUGGGCUCAGUUCUGGAAUAAAAGGACAAUCUUGGGGUUCUGCCUCGCCUGGUUCCAGGAUGUCUAGUGGUGGGGCAUGUCAUCCCGAGAGCCAGUUUGGUGUGUUUUCCUUCCAUCUAUGGGUGAACCAAAGUACACUGGCCUAAUUCGUUCUGUCUGCAUAGCUGCUGUCUGCUUUCUCGAAUGAGGCUGGUGAAUGGUGCUGUCCUAACUGUUUACUGCAGGGCAAGUUAAGCUGCAAGAAUUGGUGGAUUUCUCAGCCGGUGGGAAAAGCAUUGGCUGUGUUAAUUAUACCCUUUAACGUAGGAUGGUACUAGAAGGGGCAGGAGACCAGCUUGGACAAAUGGGUAUAGCAGUGAGUUUAGCCAUCUAUCCGAACUUCGAUUCUAGAGGUCUUAAGUCAAUCUGUUUGUCAGACAGUAGCAGAGCCAUCUCCAUGUCUGGAUAUUUGUUUUACAUAGUCUGACAGGUGAGCUGCUCCCCAAAGUCCUCUGGUCAGUAGAUUUGAGAGUCUGUAUGGUGACUUACCUGUCAGAAUUCUAAAAAUAAACAUCCUGGCCUGGAGGCCAUUGCAACAUCUCUCAGAAGGAUAUGGGUGUGGUGGCAUUUGCUUCUCCCCAGAUCUGGUCAGUAGUUUGGUCCUGUCAUCAUGUCAAUUGACUAGCACAAAAUGAAAUGGCCAUGGAGGGAUGUUGGCAGGGAAAGAGAUAUGUCACAGCAACCAAAAAUCAGUCAACAGGAGCAGGGGACACAAAGUGUGACAUUGAAGCAAGGUUCAGAGAUGAGAACAAAGCUGCAUCACCCAGUCUGGUCAAAGAGGAGGAAUAUCUCUUUGAGCCAAAGUAGGGAAUGUUGGUGGAUAUGUCUGUAGCCCAAUCAGAAUCUUUCUGUUGUAAAUGGCUACUAAACCUUUAUGUAGAUUGUGAGUGUAGCGGGAGGGGCUAAGGCAGGGAUAGCUCAGCUCAAGCAUGGGUGGCUCAGGAAUUCUGGGAGUUGAAGUCCACGAGUCAUAAAAGAGCCAAGGUUGCCUACCCCUGGGCUAAGGAGACAUGGGGAACAGCUAACUGACAUAAACACAGGUGCAGUCCCGACUUUACCUGGCCUGGUCAGGCAGUGAUCAUGGAAGAUAUGAAGGGAUCUGCUGUAGCUUUUAGGAACUACUUUGCAGUCUGCAUAAAUGAUGCAAUUUUUAUAUACAGGGCAAUGUAGAUAUGCAUAUUUUAUGCCAUUAUGUUUUGCUAACCACAGUGAUUGACUUUGCAAGGGGCAAAAUACGUGUUGAGUAUUUAAGUCUUAGCCCCAGCUACUUGAAAUGGUGGGUAUGAACUUCUGACAACCA